AUGUACCAGUUAAUUCCCGUGACCCACCCGUGUUUGGACACCAAACAACCACUAUUGCUUCUACAGUCAGACCAUGGUGAAAAGUACUUUUUCGGGAGGAUUGGAGAGGGCACGCAGCGCGCUUGCAACGAAUCUAAAAUCAAAUUUGGUAAGCUGAACGGUAUAUUCUUGACCGGUGAGAUGGAUUACUCGUGCAUUGGCGGGUUGCCUGGUCUAAUUUUGACCGCAAGCGACCAAGGGAAGAAGAAUGUUAGCAUUUUCUAUGGCUCGAGUAUCCUAGACUACGUCGUGAGCACAUGGAGAUACUUUGUUUUCAGGUUCGGCUUGGACUUAAAAGUGUUCACGUUGAAGGAUUCGGAGUGUUUCGCAGACAAGACUGUGUCUGUGAAAUCGAUCGUGAUUAACAAGCCUGGUGAUGGGUGUGCGGAUUCUGGGUCGUAUGAGAAGUUCACUAAGGGAUUAAAGUCCAUUAUUGCUCGUAUGUUCCCAGAAGUCAGCCCCACCGACGAACAGGACCCUUCGUCGAACCCAACCCUCAAUGUGGAUAUACCACCGCAGGCUAUGGGCCCAAGAGACCUCACGUCCUCGUACGAAAUCUCGUUUCCAUCUAUAAGAGGGAAGUUUAACGCAAAUGAGGCGCAACGAUUGCAGAUUCCUAAGGGAAAAUUGUACGCUGAACUCGCUCGCGGGAACAACAUCACUCUUGAAGAUGGUACCGUAAUAAACCCAGAACAAGUGUUGAGCGCUACUAGAACAUACGGUAAGGUUCUUGUUCUCGAUAUUCCAUCGAAUGCAUACAUCAGUCAAUUUUGUGAUAGGUUCAAAGAUUAUCCAUUGGAACAACUUUCUGCAGUCUACUAUUUCCUUGGUGACGAUGUGACUAUUACCAAUGACCUUUUCAAUUUUAUGGACAUAUUCCACGGCGACCACAUUCAACACUUCGUGUCGCACUCUAAAAUUUCGCCAAACUCUCUUGCAUACGAAAACGCAGCUACAGCCACUUUGAAAUUGAAGGCUUUGCAAAACGACAAUUACAAUGUUCCAAUAACUGAUAGAGUCUACUCCAAAGAAUUUUUCGAAUGCUUCUCUAAAGAUUUACCAGAGGGGACUUCCGUGGUUCAGCAACAAGAGGAUUCUCCAGUCUCCAAAUUAAACAAUGACAACGUUCAUAUAUUCGAAAAAAUGAAAGGUAUUGCCCUAGAACCGUUCGUUUUCGGUAAGGAAGUGAUGCCAAUUUCUGAGUCGCAAUUAGCCACCUCCAAACCAUCAUCUACUAUUGACGAAUUAUACAAUAAUCACGUAGUGCCUUUGGAAAUUGAUGGUGCUUCGUUAGAGUCUAUUGUCCAUGAACAAUUGCACAUAAACAACUUCGAUAAUGAUUCCAAAGAUAGUGAAAUUGAGAUUAUUUCUUUGGGUACAGGCAGUGCCUUGCCUUCAAAAUAUCGUAAUGUCAUUUCAACUCUCAUCAAGAUUCCAUUCGUUGAGAGUAAUGGUAACAUUACUAAACGUACCAUAAUUCUUGAUGCCGGAGAAAAUACAUUGGGUACCAUUCAUAGAACCAUUCCUGACACAGAUAUACCGAAACUUUUCAGAAAUCUACGAAUGAUAUACUUAAGUCAUUUGCAUGCGGAUCAUCAUUUGGGUAUUGCUAGUCUUAUUAAGGAAUGGUAUAAGUUUAACGAAAACACCAAUGAACGUCUUUAUGUUAUUACCCCAUGGCAAUAUAACAUAUUUUUACAGGAAUGGUUUGCACUUGAAGAUCCAAAAAUUCUCUCAAGAAUCGAAUACAUUAGUUGUGAGCACCUAAAGUACGGAGAUGAUCUCAGAUUACAAACAAAACCUUUGUCGAUAAAAGAAGAAAUAACUUCUGUGGAUGAAAAACCAACGGUAGUGGAAUUGGAUAAUGCAAGCGGCAACAGAGACCAGUCCACCAUUAAGAAGAUGAUGAAUGAUUUGCGGAUUAUGUCAUUCAGAACCUGUCCUGCUAUUCAUUGUAAUUGGGCUUAUUCCAACUCCAUAACAUUUUUCUUAGGAGCUAAAAGCAAGCAAGUAUUUAAAGUUUCCUAUUCAGGGGAUACUAGACCAAAUUUCAAUCUAUUUGCUAAAGGAAUAGGUAAGAAUUCUGAUCUAUUAAUUCACGAGGCCACUUUGGAAAACGAACUUAAGGCAGAAGCUAUCAAAAAGAAGCACAGUACGAUUAAUGAAGCUAUUAAAAUUUCGAACGUGAUGAACGCCAGGAAACUUUUAUUAACCCACUUCUCGCAAAGAUAUCCUAAAGUACCUAACACUAAAAAUAGCAUUGUAUCAAAAGCCAAAGAGGUAUGUUUUGCAUUUGAUGGAAUGAUUGUAACUUACAAUGACUUAGGAAAACAACAAGAUAAAGUUGAUCUGUUAAGUAGAAUCUUCAUAGAGGAAGAAAAGGACGCUGAAAACGAAGAGGUUAAGGACUAA